UCACUUCCUGCGCGGGGCCGUGAUCUGUGCGCAGGCGCGGUCCGAGCCUUCUCUUCCUCCACGCCGCCAUCAUGGGUCGUAUGCACGCUCCUGGAAAGGGCCUGUCCCAGUCAGCUCUGCCGUACCGGCGCAGUGUGCCCACGUGGCUUAAACUGACGUCGGAUGAUGUUAAAGAACAGAUCUACAAAUUGGCCAAGAAAGGCCUGACACCCUCCCAGAUCGGUGUUAUCUUGAGGGACUCUCAUGGUGUUGCUCAAGUGCGCUUUGUCACUGGCAACAAGAUUCUGAGAAUCCUUAAAUCCAAAGGUUUGGCCCCUGACCUUCCGGAGGAUCUGUAUCACCUGAUCAAGAAGGCUGUUGCCGUCCGCAAGCAUCUGGAGAGGAACAGGAAGGACAAAGAUGCCAAGUUUCGUUUGAUUCUUAUUGAGAGCAGAAUCCACAGGCUGGCCCGUUAUUACAAGACCAGAAGAGUACUGCCACCCAACUGGAAGUAUGAAUCUUCUACAGCAUCUGCUCUCGUUGCAUAAACAUUCUGUGUUUUUUGGUCAAAUAAAUGGCAUCAUCCUAA